AUGGACCUGCGAACCACCAUCCAGUCGACUUUGUCAGCCGACGCAACCAUCCGCUCCCAAGCUGAGGCGGCUUUGAAGCAAGCUGAACAGCAUCCUGGGUUCAUUGGAGCCCUGCUUGACAUCCUACAGGCGGAGCAGGACGCUCCUAUCCGCCUCUCGGUUGCCGUCUACCUCAAGAAUCGAAUAUCGCGCGGAUGGGCCACCGAACACACUCCUCACCAGCCAAUUUCCGAGCCCGAACGGAAACCCUUCAGAGACCGCCUGCUGCCUGUGUUGUCCUCCUCUCCUCCCCUGAUUCGAGCACAGCUCAUUCCCAUCCUUCAGACCGUCUUGCAGUACGAUUUUCCAGCAAAAUGGCCCGAGCUCAUGGACAUCACUCUGCAGCUGAUGAACACUCAAGAUGCCAACCAGGUCUAUGCGGGGCUGCAGUGUUUGUUGGCGGUGUGUCGUACAUAUCGUUUCCGCGCCGGAGAAGAGAGACAAAAUCUUGACAAAGUCGUUAACGUGGCCUUCCCCACAUUAUUGGGCAUUGGGAACAAGUUGGUGAACGAGACCAGUCUGGAAGCAGGCGAAAUGCUCAGGAUAUGUGUCAAAUGUUACAAACAUGCUGUCUACUACGGCCUGCCGACCCCACUCCAGUCGCACCAGGCGACCGUGGACUGGUGCACACUCUUUCUGACCAUCAUCUCAAAGAAGCCCCCGGAGAGUGCUAUGCCCGAAGACGCUGAAGACCGGGAACGCAACCACUGGUGGAAAGCACGAAAAUGGUCCUACGCAAACCUCAACAGGCUGUUCGUGAGGUACGGGAAUCCGUCGGGGCUGUCUGCAGCCCAAGAGAAGGAAUUUGGAGCAUUCGCGAAGAACUUCAUCACAAACUUUGCGCCAGAAAUUCUGAAGGGCUAUUUGGGCGAAAUUGAAAAAUGGGUUGGGGGCAAUUACUGGCUGAGCAAGCCUUCUCUGUCGUACACCCUGAUCUUCCUAGAAGAAUGUGUGAAGCCCAAAAUAAUGUGGGACAAGCUCAAGCCACACAUGGACAGCCUCAUCAAGCAUUUAAUCUUCCCCGUCAUGUGUCUUUCGGACGACGAUCUGGAGUUGUUCUCCGACAAUCCGGCCGACUACUUGCACCGGAAGCUCAACUAUUACGAGGAAGUCUCCGCUCCAGACAUGGCCGCGACCAACUUCUUGAUCGCCUUGACAAAAUCACGGAAACAACAGACAUAUGUCAUCCUCUCGUAUGUGAACGAAGUCGUGUCCCGAUACGAGGCUGCUCCAGACGACCUAAAGAAUCCGCGUGAGAAAGACGGUGCACUUAGGAUGAUAGGUUCGCUUGCGUCGGUCAUAUUGGGCAAGAAGAGCCCGAUCGCUGACCAAGUCGAAUACUUUUUCGUGCGACAUGUGUUCCCCGAGUUUAGAUCUCCACAUGCCUUCCUCCGAGCCAGAGCCUGUGAGACAAUGGAGAAGUUUGAGCAGCUGGAUUUCAAGGACCAGAACAAUCUCAUGAUCAUCUAUCAGAAUAUAAUGGAGUCCAUGGCCGAUCCAGAACUGCCUGUCAGAGUGGAGGCGUCGUUGGCUUUGCAACCUCUGAUUAGGCAUGAUGCUAUCCGUCUUACCAUGCAAUCCAACAUCCCGCAAAUCAUGCACCAACUGCUGCAACUGAUGAACGAAGUUGAUGUCGACUCUCUGUCAAACGUUAUGGAGGACUUUGUCGAAGUCUUUGCGGAACAGCUCACGCCCUUCGCGGUGGCUUUGAGCACAAAUCUCCGAGACACGUAUCUUCGAAUCAUCCGGGAAAUUCUGGAACGGAAUGAGGCCAGGGCAGCAGAAACCGGUGAUGCACACAACGACUAUCUGGACGACAAGUCCAUUGCGGCAUUAGGGGUGCUGCAAACAAUCGGCACUCUUAUUCUGACUCUCGAGGCAACACCAGACGUUCUCCUUCUUCUCGAAUCUAUCCUGAUGCCGGUCAUUACCAUUACCCUGGAAAACAAGCUCUACGACCUCUACAAUGAAGUCUUCGAAAUCAUUGAUUCGUGCACCUAUGCCUCGAAAUCCAUAUCAUCAACAAUGUGGCAAGCCUUCGAACUCAUGCACAAGACCUUCAAAGACGGCGCUGAGCUAUAUCUGGAAGACAUGCUCCCAGCCCUGGACAACUUCGUAUGUUACGGUCAGCAAAGGUUUAUCGAACACCCGCCAUACCUGGCUGCUGUCGCGGGUAUGGUGCGAGACAUCUUCUCCGAUCCCAAGGUCGGAGGCGUGGAUCGCAUCUGCGGAUGUAAGCUCGCUGAAGCCAUAAUGCUGAACCUUCGAGGAGGCCCUAUUGACAGCUACAUACCGACUUUUGUGACCUUGCCCAUGGAGGUUCUGGCCACCGCGGGGGCCAAGACAUUGGUCAGAAGUUACAAACUACAUCUGGUGGAGAUGGUUAUCAACUGUCUCUAUUACAACCCUAUUCUGGCACUUCAAGUGCUCGAGUCACAUGGUUGGACCAACAAAUUCUUUUCGAUCUGGUUUGGCAUGAUUGACAAUUUCCGCCGUGUCCACGACAAGAAGCUCUGCCUUGCAGCUAUCUGCUCUCUCCUCACCAUCCGUGCCGACCAAGUUCCUCAUUCGGUUCAAACUGGCUGGCCACGACUUCUGACGGGAGCGACUUAUCUCUUUCGAACUCUGCCCGCUGCGAUCAAGCAACGGGAGGAAGCUGUUAAAGCUUCUGAUGGCGUCUCUGAUACGGUUUCUGACUAUGGGUCGGACGACGAUGCCGAAGAUUGGGCUGACGACCCUGGUACCGAAGGGCAAGAAUGGGGCAGUGUUAGUGCCGCCUCUGUGCCGGACACCAAAGGCGAUAUCAAAGACGAGUCGCAGGCUUAUCUGGACUUCCUCAGCGAAGAGGCCAAGAAAUUCGGUGCUUUGGCAGAUGAUGACGACGAUAGCGUCCUCGAUGAUGACAGUCUGCUGGAGAGCCCGCUGGAUAAAUUCGAUCCGUACUCAGCGUUCAAAGAGUCUUUGGACAAACUCCAGGCCGAACAACCCCAACUCUAUCAAAACUUGACGGCAAUCUUGGAGCAAGGCGACCGUGAUGUCUUGCAAAGCGUUGUCAACCAUGCCGCUGCGACGCAAGCUGCUCAAGUCCAACAAGCCCAGGUGCAGGGAUAA